GACGACCAUAGUACUGCUAAGACACAUACUACUUUCCGCAAAGUGUGUCUUGCAUUGUGUAAACACAGGUGUGCAUUUUCGUGCUUAAUUUAUAUUUUUUUGAAUAUUUGUUUCUCUUCUCGUACUUCCGCUCACAUGACUACAAACUCAAUUUCUCUUGUGGAACAAUGAUCGAUAGAUUAUAGCCAUUGAGUCAUCGGCGUAAUCGUCAGUCGCUACUCUGUAAGUUGUAAAAUAGCUUCGGCAUACUGCGAUUCAGAAAUGACAAGCUGAACGAUCGAUAGCCUUAGUCGCAGAGAAGCCGCGCAACGAGCUCGACGAGCAAAAGCUGUGAAUUUAUCUUUACGCAACAAGUAUAACGCACACGAGGUCUGUGUAUAUAGUGCCAAUAUGACAUAUUUACAAUCAAUUGGGGAAGUAAUUGGCUUCCUGUUAUUGUCGACCUUCUCGAUAUUGGAUGGCAUUAUCAAGUCACUCAUUCCGAAGAAGUAUAAAAUGAAGAAUAUAGGUGGCGAAAUUGCCCUGGUAACAGGGGGAGGUGGAGGAUUGGGGAGACUUCUUUCCCUCAGGCUGGCCAACUUAGGCGCCAUUGUAAUUAUUUGGGAUAUAAAUGAGACCGCCAUUGAGGAAACUGUUAAACUUGUUCGGGCGGCCGGAGGUACGUGUUAUGGCUACGUUUGCGACUUGUGCGAUCGGACAGACAUAUAUAAAAAGGCCAAAAUUAUCAGGGAAGAGAUCGGCAAGGUUACGGUUCUUAUCAAUAAUGCGGGUAUCGUUACGGGAAUGAAAUUUCUGGACACUCCGGACGAACUUAUUAUCAGGACGAUGGACGUUAAUAUCAUGAGCCACUUUUGGACAGUAAAAGCUUUUCUUCCAACGAUGCUGGAAAACAAUAAAGGACAUAUCGUGAGCGUGGCCAGUUUAGCCGGUCAAUGUGGGAUUCCAAAAUUGAUAGACUAUUGUGCAUCCAAAUUUGCGGCAAUGGGAUUUGAUGAAGCUCUUCGAAUGGAACUUGAGUACGAAGGGUACAAUAUCAACACAACAGUUGUAUGUCCUUAUUUUAUCCGUAGUACCGGCAUGUUCGAUGACGUUCAAUCAAGAUACAUCCCGACUCUAAGUCCAAAUGCUGUAGCCGAUAGAAUUAUAAUGGCGAUGAGGUGUAACGAAAAGUAUGCCAUCAUUCCAGGCUACUUACAAAUUUUGCUUACUUUAAAGUGGAUAUUUCCAUGGCCAUGUGUCGCGAUGUUUCUUCGUGGAUUAGUAAGAGACGUUUCGCCAAGCCAUGAAAAUAACAAAUCAUGUGUAGUUGCAACUGCGACUAUCGCGGAAAAGGAAUGUAUCGUACCGUCAUCAAAGGAUCAAAACGGCGCUGCCAUCCAUCAACAAUUAGCUAGACGUAUCUCUAGCCCCGAAAGAAAACCUUGAACUUUUCUUACUCCGUCUCUGUUUUAAUGUCGAUCUAGAAUGUUAAAAUUUUGUUAAAAGGUUAGAGUUUUCUCUCUUCCUACUGUGUCUUUACCUUGCAGGUCUUCAUAUGUUUCAAUCUUUUACAUUAUUUUAAUGGAAUAAAUCGCUUAAUAUGUUUGUACAGUGUUGAAUAAAAAUACUAUCCAUUUUGACGAGUAGAAUUGCGCAGAGCUUCUCUUUUUUCAAGUUUCUUAUAGCUGCGUCUUCAGUAAUCGAUCAUUCGCCAAGAAAAAAAGGAAAUGUGAAGAAAGUGCAUCUCAAUCUAUUAAAAAAUUGGAUAACAUCUUUGUUCUCGAUGUAUGACCUAGCACAAUGUAAGGAGCUUUCACAUAAAGGAGAGUUGCUAAAUGCGUACUACUUCCGAGAAAAAAAGAUUAGAUCUGCCGAGA